AUGUGGAUUCGGAUAUUUCGGUUGCUCGGAUUAGAAGAAGACAUGGAAAACGAUCGCGAUCCUUUUGAAAGGGAGAGGAGGAUCGGCCCACAGCUAAAUCUGUGCGGAGGGACCCAGACUGGCAUCUUGGAUGAAUCUUCCUCUGGGAUCAAUUGUCUAAUAAUCCUUUCGCUGUUCCUUGUUGCAGGACCCAGGAGACUGGAGGCGAGCCUCCUUCUGGCUCUCCUUCUGACUCUCCCUCUCCUAGGGCCCCCCAGAUUCGAAGGUGCAAACGAAGCCCCGAGAGGGUUGGAUCUGAAGGUGGAACUGGGCCUUUCCCUAAUCUCAGCUCAGGGUGGAUUCCAGUGUGAGGCCCGUUUUCAGAUCCAGCCUGAUAUUCCUCCGGUUGGAGGACCCAGGAGACUGGAGGCGAGCCUCCUUCUGGCUCUCCUUCUGACUCUCCCUCUCCUAGGGCCCCCCAGAUUCGAAGGUGCAAACGAAGCCCCGAGAGGGUUGGAUCUGAAGGUGCAACUGGGCCUUUCUCUAGUCUCAGCUCCAGAUGGAUUCAAAUGUGCGACCAGUCUUCAGUUCCAGACUGAGAAUCCUCCGGUCGGAGGUCAAGGGGGAUCUUUGCUUCCUUGGAACUUCCACGUUCUCUGGCAAGGGUAA